UUAGUUUAGAGACUAAAUUGAAUAAAAGUAAUAUUUUAAGGGUAAAUUUGUAAAAUGUCAAAAAGUGACCAAAUUGCAUGAAAUGAAUUGUUUUAUUAUUUAAAUUAAUAAAUUGAAUGAAAUAUUAAUUUAUAUCAAGAUUGAGAGGAAAUUCGAGGAAAAUAGAAAAUUACGAAAACGACCCUAAAUUUUGGUAUUUCUACAAUUUAGCCUGGUAAGUUCAUGUAACUUGAAUUAUAUUCUUAGAUGAUUGAAAUAUAUAUAUUGGAUUGAGAAAUUGAUUUGAAUUGUGAACAUGAGAAAUUGUGAAUUGAAUGAGAUGGAAAUGAAGCUUUGAAUUACAUGUGUAAAUAUCGGGUCUCGUAGGCCCUAUUUGUUAUGAAUAUAAUAUUUCGAGGAUAUGUUGUAAAGAAUUAUAAAAGAACGUUAAUAAUUUAAAAGUUUCAAUUCGAAUGAAAUUUUGUAACUCGGUUUAUUACGUAUGCAAAUGUAUGUCUUCUAGUAAUGCCUCGUACCCUAUUCCGGCAUCGAAUACGGGUAAGAGUGUUACAAUGUGACAUUGCCAGAUUCGGUCAUAACGUUUAGACCGGGUUUGGGGUGUUACACAUAAUUAAUUCUACAAUCUCAUUUUCCACAUCAAGUUUCUAUGUAUUUCACUUGUAUUAUUUCCACCACAUGUAUUUCUCAAGUCUUUCAAUUUAGUCCUUGUUUCCAUAAAAUUUCACAUUUUCCCAUGAUUUCACUUAUCUAAUACUUUGUAUAUUUUUCACUAACACAUAACCCAACUAUUAUACUUUUAUUAUAAUUUCCUACUUCACAUAGUAAAUUAUUUCACACUGUUUUAUUUUUAUUUGCUUAAUUACCACUUAAUUUACAAAGAUCACAUUUUAAUCCUUAAAUAACAAGGAAGUUCAUGGGUACUUACCUCUUUUCUAUCAAAAUCUAUUGUUUUUCUCUUCUCCUACCACUUGAUUCACUUACUCAACUUCUCUCUUCAUCAUGAGAAAUUUUUACUUUAACACCAUUUUUAUGCUUUUCUAUCACUACUAAACUUAAAAAUAACAUAAAACCUUAACAUCCAUACCUUAUUCUCUUGAAACCAAAUUUUAACUUGACUUUCUCUCUCCUCCAACUUCUAUUUUCUUGAAUCUAACUUAAUAUUCUAGCUCCCAUAGUCUCCUUAAUAUUUUUCUCUCUUGAUGGCUGUGGAAAUUCUUUUGAUUUUUAAGUGAAAAUAGUGAUUUUUUGGUAAAAAGACCAAAUUGUAAAGAAAAGAAUUUUUUUCUUUCUUUCUUCUUCUCACGUUGGAACCAUGGAAAGAUGAAGAGAAUUCUGCAUCUUUCUUUCCUUAUAUACUAAAUAAAAUAAUAAAAUAUAAUUAAAUGUCAAAUCAAAAUAUUAAUACACUAAUAUUUAUUUAAGUAAUCUAAAAUAUCAUCAACAUCAUCAUUACUCUUCAAACUUAUCUUCCUUGCUAAAUGACCAUUUUGCCCCUCAUGAUCCUUCAAAAUUCCUCCAUUGAAUCAUCACUUAUUUUAGUAAAAUUACGAUUUAACCCCUCAUACUUUUUCCACUUAUUCAAUUUGGUCCUUAUUCAUCCAUUUUUCUUAGUUUCUAGAUCAUUUUAUCCUUAAAAUAUUUUCACUAUUGGUCCUUCAACUUUUUUAUAUUUACACUUUAACCCUCAAAUUUUGAGUAUUUACUCUUAGGCCAUAAAAUUUUUUUCACUUUUGUGAUUUAGUCCUUUCUUGAUUUAGUCACUUUUGAGUAUUUUUUUUGGUCACUUUAUUUCUUUAUUUUAUUGUAUGAAGGAUAAUAUCUCACUUUUUUACUGUAGCAACUUUCGAGGUGUUACAAGACGUUUUGUGUGCAUUCGUUAUGAGUUUUGAUCCAAGGCCCAUGACACUAGGAGUUAAAUUGUAUUUUAUUUUUUUAUUUGAAAAAAAGUAAAUUAGUCUAUACAUAUUAGAUUAAAUAACAAACGGGUCGUUACAAUCAAUAUUUCAUUAAUUUUUAUUGUUGAAAAUUGGAGUGGCUGACAGAAUAACAAUGUUGUCGGGAAAGAUAUUGUUGCUUGUUUCGUUUCCGCAAUAACGAAAUUGUUUCUCUACUUGGGCCUUGAAUAAGUUUUAUUUGUGCUGAGUUCGGCCCACUUGAAUGUGGCAUAUUUGACAAAACUAAAGCAUAGGUCGACUAGGAUGCUGAGGUUCUCAAUCGAAUACUUAGAGGUGGAUGGAUAAGCUUGAAAGUCUUUUUAUCUCUUGAGAGAGUUUUAAAGCAGUUGGGAUAUUGAUUUAUAAAGACUUUUAUGUGAUAAAUUAUCAAAGUAAAUUAUAAACACCAUAACUGAACGCACAGUUUAUAUAUAAUCACCGAGAGGAAAAAUAAAGAUUAAGUAAAGGAAAAAUAAAAUGAAGAACAAGAAACCGCCGAAGCCACUGAGCCUCUUUCCUCCAAAUCCAAUGCCAGAACCUAAUUUCUUCAGGACGGUACGUUGGACACUUCAUGAACUUGAUGACGAGCUUCUAAUUCGGGAUCCUGCGCCUUUCAUUUCCACUGAAAAAGACUCCCCCCCUUUUGAUAUCAAAAACCUUGAUCUUGAAUUCUUAUUGGAAGACCUCGAGACCGUCAAAGUUAUCGGCAAUGGCCGUGGAGGUCCGGUACAACUUGCUCGCCAUAGAUGGGAUGGAAAAUUAUAUGCCUUGAAGGUUAUAAAAAUGAACUUACAAGAGGAAGAGAUUCUUAAACAAUUCAUGCAGUAUCUUAAAAUAAACAAGGCAUCAAAAUGUUCGAAUGUCGUGUCUUGCAACCAUUCAUUCUAUCACAGAGGAGACGUAUUUCUUGUAUUAGAAUACAUGGACCGUGGAUCUUUGAUCGAAGUGCUCAGACAAGUUAAAACUAUACCCGAACCGUUUCUUGCUGUUGUGUGUGACCAGGUCCUACAAGGUCUUGUCUAUUUGCACCAUGAAAAUCAUGUAAUACAUGGUCACAUAAAGCCGUCUAAUCUACUGGUAAACCGAAAUGGAGAAGUGAAGAUUGCUGAUUUUGGUCUUAGUACAUUGGUAGCUAGCUCAAUGGACCAGAAAGAUACAUCUGUUGGGACUGAUAACAACUACAUGUCGCCAGAGAGAAUUAGUGGGAGCACUUAUGAUUAUAGCAGCGAUAUUUGGAGUUUAGGCAUGGUAGCGCUCGAGUGCGCCAUCGGACGUUACCCGUAUAAGCAAUCGGAAGAUCCGCAAACUUGGCCUAGCAUUGAUGAGCUUUUGAAGACAAAUGCUCCACCAAAUGAGUUCUCUUCAGAGUUCUGUUCAUUUGUCUCAGCCUGCCUACAGACGAGCCCUGAAAAGAGAGCAUCAUCUUUGGACCUCUUGAGUCACCCCUUCAUCAGAAAGUCCCAACACCUCAACCUUGUGUAUUUUGUAGGUUGGCUGGAAUCUCCAUUGAAUUACCCAAGACGAAGAUAAUUUUUGGUCUUUUGUCACAAAAACAUGUUUUGAUCCUAAAAUUGAUUUGGUCCUUAAUCAUUCUUCACCUUGUUCAAAACCCUAAAAUUUGAAAUUCUUCCACAUAUGAUAGCAAUACUUUAAGGGAGUUGAUUUUUUUA